AUGCAAAUUUUCGUUAAAACUCUUACCGGUAAGACCAUUACUCUUGAGGUCGAGUCAUCUGACACCAUUGACCAAGUUAAGCAAAAGAUUCAAGACAAGGAAGGAAUUCCCCCAGACCAGCAACGUCUCAUCUUCGCUGGUAAACAAUUGGAAGAUGGUCGUACCUUGUCUGAUUAUAACAUUCAAAAGGAGUCAACCCUCCAUCUCGUUUUACGUCUUCGAGGUGGCAUGCAAAUUUUUGUAAAAACUCUUACCGGUAAGACCAUCACCCUUGAGGUUGAAUCGUCUGAUACUAUCGACCAGGUUAAGCAAAAAAUUCAGGACAAAGAAGGAAUUCCACCAGACCAGCAACGUCUUAUUUUCGCUGGUAAACAGUUGGAAGACGGUCGUACAUUGUCUGAUUAUAAUAUUCAAAAGGAAUCUACUCUUCAUUUGGUGCUCCGUCUCCGUGGUGGUAUGCAAAUUUUCGUAAAAACGCUCACUGGUAAAACCAUCACUCUCGAAGUUGAAUCGUCCGACACUAUUGACCAAGUGAAACAAAAGAUUCAAGAUAAGGAAGGAAUUCCACCAGAUCAGCAACGUCUUAUUUUUGCAGGCAAACAAUUAGAGGAUGGUCGUACUUUAUCAGACUAUAACAUUCAAAAAGAGUCGACUUUACAUUUG